AUGCCGUUUCUCCACGAGACAGAAACUCAUUUCUGCAAGCACAUUGUCUGUCGUACUCACAUCCACGCAUGGGAAUUGCUUGUCCAGGCUCAUGGACAGGACCCGCUCGAGAGAACAACGGAGUUGGUGGGUUCUCAGCAAGCCGUGGCAGCGAUACCAGGAUUUGUGGAACCUCUCCAGAGAGAUUCCGCCGCUGUGCUCAGCAUCAUGCCAUCUGUUAUGGCAGCGGGUACUGCUCGCGUUGUCAACAAUUGCGGAAUGCCAGUCUACUAUGCAUCCGUUGCGCAAAGUGUUCAUGCUGAGAUGAAGCUACUCCCAUCUGGUGGAUAUUCAGAGGCUUACAGCAAGCCCAACGUUGGUGUCUCUAUCAAGCUUGCCCCAAAUGCAACCGGACCUGUUACUCAGUUCGAGUUCACCUGGGCAGAUGGAGACAUUCACUAUGACAUCUCGAACAUUGACGGCAAUCCUUUCGCUGCUCGAGGCAUGGCACUAACACCUUCCAUGGCUGGCGCUUCGGGCUAUCCUACUUGCCAGACCGUGAGCUGCCCAGCAGGCCAAGCUGUUUGCGAUGCUGCAUAUAACCUGCCUGAUGAUGUCCGCACCAUGGUUUGCCCAGAAAAAAGCGACUUGGUAUUCACCCUCUGCCCAGGUGGCUCGGGCAAGCGAGAUCUUGCACAACACGGACACGCCUACAGGGUCCACUCUCGUCAAUUCAAGUAA